CUACCUCGGACAACUUCCUCGCCGUCUAUCCAGAUCUCUUGGAUAUUCCGACUUCUUAUUGGUCAGCCACAGCUAACGGAUAUCGAGUUCUCUGGCUCUUGGGUCUUCCUUUUGGACAAUCAGCCAGCAGGGUUUGGAGGAACGGAUGCGGGAAUUCGUGGUCGUACGGGCAGAGACGCACACCAACAACUUAGCUCAUUGCCGCUGGAUCGUAGACAAUGUGGGCAAGCUCCAGUGGGUUUUCCAUUCCUGCAAGACGAGGCCAUUUCCAAUGUGCGUUCUGGUACAGGGUAGUGGUAGGGAAGGGAUGGGGGCCAUGGAUGACAUUUGCCGUGUGGCAGAAGCUUACUGGAGCAUGUGAUGUCCAACCACUGCAAUUCGGCUGCUACGGGCUCUGCAGUCUGCGGUCUGCUGGCAUCGGACCCAGUUCCCCAUGCUGCGGCCCAAAUCACAUGCAGUGGAGGCUUGCAGCUUGAGGGGAGCUUCCGCCGGUCCAGCCGGGCAGCUCCAAUGACAUUCCCCAUGCACCAAUCCACAUCGUAACCUCAACGUCUCACACAGCUACACAGCUUCCGGAAAUUCUAGACAAACUUAGCUCAAGCGCAUCUGAGCUAUCUGCACAGAAGACAAACACAGAUCGCGUUACCAUCCGUCUCAUCAUCCCCUUACUUUUACAGCGAACCGCACGCGCACCCACACUGCCAGGCGGCUGUCCGCCAAACGAUGACGUGACCUCCCUUCAACGACCACCGAUCCACCAUCAAACGAAACAACCGCCGGCGCAUCCUCUGCCACAACUACCACCACACACCCGGCGCAGAAGGUACAGACCAUGGACGAGUAUACGGCCGACCUCUUCAUAUCUCGCGACGAUGCCUCGGAUCAUCAGCCCCAUUCGCAGCCGCCUCCGACUGUAGUGGUCGACGAGUGGCCUCACGAUUCCGACAUCAGCGAGGGCACCCCGUCCAAGAAGUCCCCCUCCGGCCUGCGCUCGCGCAUCGCGAAUAACCUCAGCAAAAAGACGAGUAUCCAAGAUCGUCUAGUCGAGAGGCUCCUUCAACAGGUCAUUCCCGAGAGCUCUGAUGGCCUCACAAGCGGCGGCGACGACCCCCUCGCCCCGGGCUUCUCCCCGGACAAGACGAGCACCUUUUCCGAGCGGCCCAACUUCAACAUCACUACAAUGUCCAACAAUUUUCGCCGCUUCAACGCCCGCAUCGGCGUCGUCUUCAAGUUCCAGGCCCGCGUCGUCCGCCUCCUCAGCUGGCGCCGCCCAACACACACCCUAUCCCUCCUCGCCGUCUACACAUUUGUCUGUCUGGACCCGUACCUCUUAACCGUCGUGCCCCUCGCCGGCUUCCUCCUCGCUGUCUUCAUCCCUUCCUUCCUCGCCCGCCACCCGGCUCCGCCCUCCGGCACCCUAUCCUCAGAGCAAUCCGUCGGCUACUCCCCAAAAGGUCCGCCCCUCGCCCCGGCCCGGACGGUGAAGCCCGUCAAGGAGCUCAGCAAGGACUUCUUUCGUAACAUGCGCGACCUCCAAAACUCAAUGGACGACUUCUGCGUCGCCCACGACGGCGUCGUCGCCACCGUCCUCCCCAUCACAAACUUCUCCAACGAGGCCCUCUCCUCGGCCCUCUUCCUCGCCCUCACCCUCACCACGGUCCUCAUGACCACCUUCGCCUCCCUCCUCCCCUGGCGCCUCAUCGCCCUCCUCGCAGGCUGGGCCGCCAUCCUCUCAGGCCACCCGGCCAUCGCCCCUCUCCUGACGCACACCCACGACACCCACGUCGCGCCUCACGAGGCCCAAGCCCGCUCCAGCGUCGACGCCUGGAUCGCGGGCGACAUCAUCCUCGACUCGGCGCCCGAGACGCGCGAGGUCGAGAUUUUCGAGCUCCAGCGCGCGUCCCACGACGAGUGGGAGCCCUGGCUCUUCUCCCCCUCCCCCUACGACCCGCUCUCCCAGCCCCGCAUCGCCGGCGAUCGGCCCCGCGGCACGCGCUUCUUCGAGGACGUGCUACCGCCCGACGGGUGGGUUUGGUCCGAGAAGAAGUGGGCGCUGGAUCUGUGGAGCAGGGAGUGGGUAGAGGAGCGCAUCAUCACGGGCGUCGAGGUCGAGACGGAGGGGGAGAGGUGGGUUUAUGACAUGUUUGAUGAGAAUAGUGCUGCUGGUGGCGGCUUCGGGGGCCCGGUGGACUCGUCGCCGACAACGAUGGGAAAAGGGAAGGCGAGAGUUCCUAGCGCGCCGCUGUCGGGAUGGGAGGAAGGGGAGGACGGGACGGGAAAGAGGGGGGAGUGGAGGCGGCGGAGGUGGGUUAGGCUUGUCAAGAGGCGGGCUACGAUGAGUACUGCUUGAGGGGGGUCAGAUGAAGGGAU